UACAUAGUUGCUUAUCAUCCAUACUAUCAAAUUAUUUUGUCUAAUAAUAUUUGUCAUCUUAAAAAUGAAAUUCAGGUAUCAAAUUGAAAACAUUAAAAACAUUUCAUCGAAAAAAGGAGGUUUGGGAUUGUGAUUUUCAUCUAAAAAACGAAAUUUAGGUAUCAAAUUAUAAACGCGCGACCUCUGAGGCUGAACCUGGUUGCUGAAGCACGGUCGCCGUCACUUUGUACCCACAAUGUUAUCGGUCAAGGUACUCUUAACUUCCCGACUCGGCAAUCGGUGUUUGAUUCCGGUGGGAGCCUUUUCCGUUGCCCGGUUCUCUAAACUCGCCGGGAGUUCAACCAGUACAAGCUCUCCUUUAGUUGACUACCUGGUUUCAAAUUUCCAGUUCCCUGAAACUCAAGCCCUCUCCAUCGCGGCUCGAUUCCACCAUCGCCAGUCUUCCCAAAAGGCGCAAGGUUUGUUCACGUUCCUACGCGGCCUCGGUUUCUCUCAGGACCAUAUACGAUCUACUGUCUGUGGGGCUCCUCAGAUUCUGUUCGCUGGUGUUGACAAUAACCUUAAACCCAAGAUGGAGCUGUUUCAGAAACUGGGUUUCGAGGGUCCUGGUCUUGGUAAGUUUGUCUCUAAGAAUGCUGGUGUUUUAACAUCUAGUCUGGAGAAGAGGCUGCGUCCUCGAGUUCAUUUUUUGCUAGGAAAUUUUUAUCAGAAGGAUGUGCUUAAGGCUAUAGAAAAAUGCAGUUUGCUUAUAUUUAAGCACCCAGAUUCUAGAUUGCUGUCAAACGUAGCUUUGUUGCGAAGCUGUGACAUUGUAGGGUCUCAGCUCUCCAUGCUGUUGAGGAUGCUGCCUAGGGUUUUUCUGAGGAAAGAAUGUCAACUUAGAGGCAUCGUUUCGAGGACUUUGGAUUUCGGGUUCUCAAUGAAAUCAAGGAUGUUUGUACAUGGGUUGUGUACUGUUAGUUGCUAUAGCAAGGCGACAAUCGACCGGAAGUUUGCCGUGUUUGAGGGAUUUGGGUUUUCGAGGGAAGAAUGCAUUGCAAUGUUCAGAAUAGCUCCGGCCGUGGUGAGGUGUUCUGAUGUGAAGUUAACGUCUGGGGUUGAUUUCUUUUUGAACACCAUGAAUCUGGCAAAGGAGGCGGUGGUUCGUAGUCCUGGACUGUUGAUGUAUAGCAUGAAGGAAAGAAUUAUUCCUCGAUAUCGAGUUCUGGAGAUUAUGGAAUCGAAGGGGCUGUUGAAGAAGAAGCCAAACUUUAGCACCGUUGUGUUAUAUACAAGUGAACAAUUUCUGGAAAAGUUUGUAUUCAUGUACCGAGAUCAUGCAAAGGAACUAUUAAGGGUUUACAAUGGUCACAAUGUGGAUUCCUCUGAAGAUGCAACUUGUUUGUAGGUGUCUGUAAUUUGAUUUCAUCCAGUUACCUCACCUGGAGACCUUGUUGCAAAUGCUUUUAAUGCGAGGGUUCUAACUUCUAAAGGUAGGUUGUGGAUUUGAACGUUGGCGAGGGUCCAUGGUUCUUAGAAUGGGAAGGAAUUGCAGAUGUUAAGUGACUUCAUCUUGGACAUUUUCUAUUUCAUCGAACCAAGAAAGUGUUGAGUUCCUGGGUACUUGUCAGUGAUUAUGGAUCGGAUGCGAGAAAGCAGAAACUAAUUUGAUCGUGUGGCGAAGAUGAAGGCAAGAAACCUUUUUUCUAGGCCAUCAAUUUUGGUGAUGCAAUGAUUUUAUCAACAAGUUUUCUUACUCAUAUUGUUAAGAUAAUGAAGGGGAGUGGCUACUCCCGUAUAAUCUAGAUUAGUCUCUUGAGAGAGAAAAAUGUAUUACCAGGUCAGUCGGCCACUUACCCUUGUCUAUGUUUUCUUCUGCAAGGUUUUGCUGGUUAACUUGAAAUAUCAUGCUGCAAUUUCUGAUGGUGUAAGAAACUUAAGUUUUUACAAGAAUGUCUAAUAGCCAAGAUCCUGAAGGGCAUUUCUCAUAUAGACAUCACUCUUCCCUUGCCAGGGUUAAGACACCUUUGAAUGUAUGUCCUUGUUCAAGCAAGGAGACAUGAUUGCAGCUAUGGCCAUUUAUGCCUGAAUGUUCUUAAGCAGUUGGAGAACUAUAAAAGUCCUCGAUCAUU